AACGUUCUUCUGCCCGGUUAUUGAGACUCCAGAAGCUCCAGAAUCAAAGCUUCUACCUCAGCAAUCUUCGGUGCUGCUUUGCCAAUUCUGCAAGUACCAGUUUGCAGCACGUAAUGAGAGGAUGAAUUCGUUCUCGGUUACACGCAAGAAGACUCCUUUUCAGAAGCACAGAGAAGAGGAAGAGGCGAAGAAAAAGAGAGCGGAGGAUGAAACCGCCCGAUUGUAUGCUGAAUUCGUGGAGUCCUUUCAAGGUGAUAAUGCACCGGGGUCAAAGACAUUUGUCAGAGGAGGAACAAUAAAUCCCAAUGAGAAACAUAAGACUGAAUCUCAAGGUGGGAAUUCCAAAGAUGGGGUAUCUGUUCCAAAGAAGGGAAGUAGAUAUGUCCCAUCCUUCAUACCACCUCCUUUGGCAUUGGCAACCAAAGGAAAAGAACCUGAGAAAAAGAAAGAGGAGGAGAAGCCGAAGGAAAAAGGAAAGUCACGGAACAUAGAUCAUUUUAUGGAGGAGCUAAAGCUUGAGCAGGAGAUGCGAGAAAAGCGCAAUCAUGAACGUGAUCAUUGGCGUGAGGGUUGCCAGAGUGAGAGUUCUGCUCCACCUAGCCGAUUUGAUGAGCUACCAGAUGAUUUUGAUCCAAGUGGGAAGCUUCCUGGAUCAUUUGAUGAUGGGGACCCACAAACAACGAAUCUUUAUGUUGGAAACCUCUCACCUCAGGUUGAUGAGAAUUUUCUUUUGAGGACUUUUGGAAGAUUUGGGCCCAUUGCUAGUGUGAAGAUAAUGUGGCCUCGGACAGAAGAGGAGAAGAGACGGCAAAGAAACUGUGGUUUUGUUGCUUUCAUGAAUAGAACUGAUGGUCAGGCUGCAAAGGAUGAAAUGCAAGGGGUUGUUGUUUAUGAGUAUGAGUUGAAGAUUGGCUGGGGUAAGUCCGUCUCUCUUCCAGCGCAAGCCCUUCCUGCUCCCCCACCAGGGCAGAUGGCCAUCAGGAGCAAGGAGGGUGGUACUGUGAUUCUAUCUGGUCCUGAUGGCCCUCCAGUAACAUCCGUACCUAAUCAGAGCUCUGAGCUGGUUCUUACUCCCAAUGUGCCAGAUAUAAUGGUUGUUCCGCCUGAGGAUGAUCAUCUCCACCAUGCAAUUGAUACAAUGGCUUUGCAUGUUCUUGAUGGAGGAUGCGCUUUUGAGCAAGCUAUAAUGGAGAGAGGUCGUGGAAAUCCACUUUUUAACUUCUUAUUUGAGCUAGGGUCAAAGGAACACACAUACUAUGUUUGGAGGCUGUACUCCUUUGCUCAGGGUGAUACUCUUCAGAGGUGGAGAACAGAGCCUUUCAUCAUGAUAACUGGGAGUGGGAGAUGGAUACCACCCCCUCUGCCUGCUACAAAGAGCCCAGAACAUGAGAAAGAGUCUGGUACCACAUUUGCUGCAGGAAGAAGCAGGCGUGUAGAACUGGAACGGACAUUGACAGACUCACAGAGAGAUGAGUUUGAGGAUAUGCUUAGGGCUUUGACAUUAGAAAGGAGCCAGAUAAAAGAAGCAAUGGGAUUUUCUCUAGAUAAUGCUGAUGCAGCUGGAGAGGUUGUUGAGGUUCUUACUGAAUCUUUGACACUUAAAGAAACCCCUAUCCCAACUAAGGUUGCAAGACUCAUGCUUGUUUCGGAUAUCCUUCAUAACAGUAGUGCUCCAGUAAAGAAUGCAUCUGCCUACCGUACAAAAUUUGAAGCUGCCCUACCUGACAUAAUGGAGAGCUUCAAUGAUUUGUACCGUGGUAUCACAGGAAGGAUCACUGCUGAAGCCCUUAAGGAACGAGUUUUGAAGGUUCUCCAAGUAUGGUCAGAUUGGUUUCUCUUUUCAGAUGCAUAUGUAAAUGGGCUGCGAGCUACUUUUCUUCGACCUGGGAACUCUGGUGUGCUUCCUUUUCAUUCUAUAUGUGGGGAUGCACCGGAAAUUGAAAACAAAAAGAGUUCUGAAGAUACAACUGAUGGGGGUAAGAUUAGCCAAGAUGCUGCAUUGGCAAUGGGGAAAGGAGCUGCAAUGGAGGAAUUAUUUAGUCUCCCUCUUGCUGAGCUGGAAAGACGUUGCAGACAUAAUGGGCUAUCGCUUGUUGGUGGUAGGGAAAUGAUGGUUGCACGGUUGCUUAGUCUUGAAGAUGCAGAGAAACAAAGGGUCUAUGAACGAGAUGACAUCAGAUAUGGAUCAAGUCACGCAAAUCACUCAAAUUCAAGUAGAUACUCAAAGGAUGACAGUGGCUGGAAUACAAAUAAUGUUGGUCUUAGAGAAAAUAACCUUGGACCAGAACAAGUAGGAUCUUCAGGAUGGAAUCAUUUUGAGGAUGAUGGGUUGCGAUCACAAGGCAGAGGUUCCUCAGCACCUUUGGCUACAACCCUUCCUAUUCCAGAGGCAGAACUAAAACCCUUUGCAAAGAAAGGCAAAUCAGAUCCUGUCUUGCCAGUGUCUAAAUGGGCUCGAGAGGAUGAUGGAAGCGAUGAUGAAGAUAAGAAAAAUGCUCGGGGUCUGGGGUUGAGCUACUCAUCUUCUGGGAGUGAAAAUGCAGGUGACGGUCCCAGCAAGGCUGACGAAGUAGAAGUUUUAACUGAUACAAACAUUCCUUCACACCCAGACAGUGGCAUGAAUGAAGAACAGAGACAAAAGUUGAGGCGUCUGGAAGUUGCUGUUAUGGAAUAUCGUGAGUCACUUGAAGAGCGGGGUGUCAAGAACUCGGAGGAAAUUGAGACGAAAGUGGCGAUCCACCGGAGACGGUUACAGUCAGAGUUUGGGUUAUCAGAUACAAAUGAAGAUGUUUCGGGGAACAAAAGGUCAUCACUCGAGAGGAAGGACAGGCGAGAUGAUUCCCGUGAGUAUUCACGGAAGCGACAUCGCAGCCAGAGCCGAAGCCAAAGCCGAAGCCCGCAGCGUAGGUCUUCGACUAGAGAUAGGGAAAGGGAAAGGGAAAGGGAAAAUGACAUCGACAGAGAUUGGGAGAGGCACCGUGACAGAGAUAGAUCACAUGAGUUGGAAAAUGAAAUGGGAAGGGAUCGGGAGAAGAGUGGAAGCAGGGAGAGGGAUGAUCAUGAUAAAGGUAGAGAAAGAGACAGGGAUCGAAGGAGAAGGGGAAAGUGAAAUUGGUGGCAUUAUUGGCAUUGUUGUUUUCUCAAGAUCAAAUUAUGCUUGUAACUGAAAUGUAUGGAUAUCAGGAGUGCGAGGGCAGUGAGGUCUGUUGGGUUGAAUUUUCUCCUUGAAUGCUUAAAAGAAAUGGCCUCUUGAAGCAAUUUACUGUAUUUUUUGCUUGGUUCCUGUUUUUCAGUUGUGGCGAUGGUCUGAUGAUCAUGUAAGGCAAUUUGCAGAUGCAGGGAAAUCUUAAUUCAAAGUUCAUGGUUUCAGGAUCAGAUGUCCU